AUGGACGAUCGACCGACUCCUGCGGACACGGAUGUCCCGGGCGGAUUCCCAGUCACGCCCUCAGCGCGACGAGUCGAUCAGAGAGCCCUGUCCUAUUCUAGAACAGCCCCGGUGGCAGCAGAAGGGAUGCCACACAUAGAAGAUACCACAAAUAUACCCACGCCUACUCAAUCGCAAAUUCACCCUCAGUCAUACUUUACCUCGACCCCGAAUGGGUCCUCUGCCCAUCGGGAUACCCGCCUGUCUGAUGACACGGUCAUAAAUACAGAGCCCGUAGAUCACAACCAUGGCAAUGAGCACAGUCAGGGAGUGGACGCACUCUCUCGCCGCCAGAGCAAGGGCUCUAUUUCUUCCGGUAAAGACACCACUGAAGACUCCCACUCAGAGCGAUCUGCUGUGAGAUACAUGCCCCUCAGAGUAGCACCCACCGCCGAAGACAGGCGACCAGUGCUGGAAAAGCGCAGAAGUAUUCAAACAGAGGAAGACCUAUUCAAAGUAUUGUCUCAGCGCCGAACCAAUGCAUCCACCGAUUCCUAUGAAGAAGACGACCAAAUUCAACGGUUAAUGUCUCGCAUGUUUGGCAAAGCCCGGCAGGAGCAGAGUGAAGACGAGAAGACCCGUCACAGUGGUGUGAUCUUCCGUGACUUGACCGUCAAAGGCGUUGGUCUUGGUGCAAGUCUACAGCCUACCGUGGGGGACAUCUUUCUGAGUCUCCCACGUACGCUAAAGACCUUCUUCACUCGAGGCGCCAAGGCUGCUGCAGGCAAGCCACCCGUACGAGAACUUCUCAGCCAUUUCGACGGCUGUGUCCGGCCUGGAGAAAUGCUGCUGGUGCUCGGAAGACCAGGCGCUGGCUGCUCGACAUUCCUCAAGGUCUUCUGCAAUCAACGAGACGGCUUUGAGGGUGUUGAAGGAGACGUUACCUAUGGUGGCACGGAUGCAAAGACGAUGAAAAAGGACUUCCGUGGAGAGGUCAUUUACAAUCCCGAAGAUGACUUGCAUUAUGCCACCUUGACUGUCAAGCGGACUUUGACCUUUGCUCUGCAGACUCGAACACCUGGCAAAGAAUCAAGAUUGGACGGAGAAUCCCGGGAAGACUACGUAAGGGAGUUCUUGCGGGUUGUUACCAAGCUCUUUUGGAUUGAGCACACCUUAAAUACAAAAGUUGGUAAUGAGUACGUGCGAGGUGUGUCAGGUGGUGAGAGAAAACGCGUCAGCAUAGCGGAAGCCAUGAUUACCAGAGCAUCUGUUCAAGGAUGGGAUAACUCUAGUCGAGGUCUUGACGCCAGCACUGCGCUGGAGUAUGUCCAGUCCAUCCGAGCUCUCACAAACAUGGCCGAGACGUCCACGGCGGUCUCCUUGUAUCAAGCGGGGGAGUCACUGUACGAUCUUGUCGACAAGGUACUUCUUAUAGAUGAGGGCAAGUGUCUGUACUUUGGUCCUUCUGAUGCUGCAAAACAAUAUUUCAUCGACCUAGGUUUCGAAUGCCCGGAGCGAUGGACAACAGCGGACUUCCUCACCUCAGUCACAGACAAGCACGAACGAUCCAUUAGAAAAGGCUGGGAAGAUCGGAUUCCCCGUAAUGCUGAUGAUUUCGCUGCCUUGUAUCGAAAUAGCGAGGCCUAUCAACGCAACCUGGAAGAUAUCAGAGACUUUGAGGGUCAGUUGGAAGGGCACCGAAGAGCACGCCUGGAAAAUACCUCGAAGAGAACCAAAAGAAAGAACUACUCCGUCCCGUUUCACAAACAAGUCAUCGCGUGCACAAAACGCCAGUUCUUGGUCAUGGUAGGCGAUCGAGCCUCGCUAAUCGGCAAGUGGGGAGGGAUUGUGUUUCAGGGCUUGAUCGUGGGGAGUUUAUUCUUUCAGAUGCCCAAAACGGCUCUGGGGGCUUUCCCUCGUGGCGGUACCAUGUUUUUCGUCCUGCUCUUCAAUGCCUUGUUGGCGCUGGCUGAGAUGACCGCCGCUUUCUCCUCGAAGCCAAUUCUCUUGAAGCAUAAAUCAUUCUCCUUCUACCGCCCGGCAGCCUACGCAAUUGCCCAGACCGUCGUCGACGUGCCCUUGGUGUUCAUACAGGUGGUCUUGUUCAACGUCAUCAUAUACUGGAUGAGCGGUCUUGGAGCGACCGCCUCCCAGUUCUUUAUCUCAUGUCUGAUCAUUUUUUCAUCCACCAUGACCACCUAUGCAUUUUUCAGAUCCAUUUCGGCCCUCUGCAAGACACUGGAUGAUGCCACUCGGUUUACUGGGGUGUCAAUUCAAAUUUUGGUUGUCUACACUGGCUAUCUCAUACCUGUCAGCCAGAUGAAGCCAUGGUUUUCCUGGCUCCGACGAAUAAACUGGCUACAGUACGCCUUUGAAGGUCUGAUGUCUAACGAAUUCGCCGGAUUGACCUUGGAUUGCGUACCGCCCUACUUGGUUCCCCAAGGACCAGAUGCCAGGCCUCAGUAUCAGUCGUGCGCAUUAGCUGGAAAUCAACCAGGUCAGACGUCAGUGGACGGUUCAAGGUACAUCCAGGCAUCCUUUGGUUAUUCCCGCUCCCAUCUGUGGCGAAAUUUCGGCAUCAUAUGGGCCUUUUUUGCCUUCUUCCUGGCUGUGACCGCCGUUGGAAUGGAAAUAAUGAAACCAAAUGCCGGCGGGGGAUCCAUAACUACAUUUAAACGUGGUCAGGUACCCAAGAAACUCGAAGAGUCAAUCGACACGGGCGGUCGAGAGAAGAACCCAAGCGGCGACGAGGAAUCGGGUACAGCCGGAAAGGAGGUGGAUGGCAGCGUGGAAAAGACUGCAACUCAGAACAAUGGAAGCAGUGACUCGACGAGCACGAAACGAGACGAGUCUCCCAUGGAUCAGGUGGCCAAAAACGAAACGGUGUACACCUUUCGCAACGUCGACUAUGUGAUUCCCUACGAAAAAGGCGAACGCAAGCUCCUGCAGAAUGUUCAGGGAUAUGUCCGUCCAGGGAAGCUCACUGCUUUGAUGGGCGCCAGCGGCGCAGGCAAGACGACGUUACUGAAUGCACUGGCCCAGCGUCUCAACUUUGGCACCGUAACGGGUGAAUUUCUUGUCGAUGGCCGCCCACUCCCCAAAUCAUUCCAACGCGCCACAGGUUUUGCUGAACAGAUGGACGUGCACGAGCCUACGGCCACGGUGCGAGAAGCAUUGCAGUUCUCGGCACUUCUCCGACAGCCUCGGGAGGUCUCGGUGGAGCAGAAGUAUGCAUACUGUGAAACGAUCAUUGAUCUGCUUGAGAUGCGGGAUAUCGCUGGCGCGACGAUCGGGAAGAUCGGCGAAGGUUUGAACCAAGAGCAGCGAAAGAGACUGACCAUAGGAGUUGAGCUGGCAAGCAAGCCUGAGUUGCUGAUGUUUCUGGACGAACCCACGUCCGGCCUCGACUCGGCAGCCGCCUUUAAUAUCGUCAGAUUCUUGCGCAAACUAGCCGAUGCAGGACAAGCGAUUCUUUGCACAAUCCACCAGCCUUCGGCUGUCUUGUUUGAGCACUUUGACGAGCUUUUGUUGCUCAAAGCCGGCGGUCGAGUUGUAUACCAUGGCCCUCUUGGUCAUGAUUCACAAGAUCUCAUUCAAUACUUCCAAGAGAACGACGCACGGAAAUGUCCUCCGGAUGCGAAUCCGGCAGAAUACAUGCUCGAAGUGAUCGGAGCAGGCGACCCCAAUUACAAGGGUAAAGACUGGGCAGAUGUCUGGGAACAAAGCAAGAACUACAAAGCUCGAUCCGACGAGAUCGCAGAAAUGAUCGAACGAAGGAAGAACGUCGAACACAGCAAAAACAUAACUGACGACCGAGAAUAUGCCAUGCCUGUUACUACGCAAACGAUGGCUGUGGUUAGGAGAUCAUUCGUCGCUUUCUGGCGUACACCGGACUACGUGGUCGGCAAAUUCAUGCUUCAUAUCAUGACCGGCCUCUUCUCAUGCUUUACAUUCUACCACCUUGGUUACGCAAGCAUUGACUUCCAAUCUCGUCUCUUUGCCGUCUUCAUGACGCUCACAAUCAGCCCUCCACUCAUUCAGCAACUUCAACCGGUCUUUCUCAACUCCCGCAAUAUCUUCGAGUCUCGGGAGAACAAUGCCAAAAUCUACAGCUGGUUCGCAUGGACGACAGGGGCCGUGCUCGUCGAAAUCCCCUACUCACUUGUCGCCGGGGGCGUUUACUAUUGUUGCUGGUGGUGGGGUAUCAUCGGGUACCGAGAUUCGACGUCAAGCUUCACCUCCGGCUUCAUCUUUCUGUGCAUCUGUCUCUUUGAGCUGUACUAUAUCAGCUUUGGGCAAGCGAUUGCCUCGUUCGCACCCAACGAACUGUUGGCCAGCCUGCUGGUGCCGCUGUUCUUCUUGUUUGUGGUCAGCUUUUGCGGCGUCGUUGUGCCUCCUCAACAACUGCCGACUUUCUGGCGCUCGUGGAUGUACUGGUUGACCCCCUUCCACUACAUUGUUGAAGCUAUGCUAGGGGCUAUUGUCCACGGUCAACCUGUGAAGUGCAACAAGGGGGAGUUUGCCCGCUUUAGUGCACCGCCGGGCCAAACUUGCCAGUCAUACACCGACCCCUAUAUCCGCCAGGCUGGCGGGUACGUCCAGGUCGGAGCCGACGGGCUCUGCGAGUUCUGCCAGUACGCGACCGGCGACGAGUUUUCCAAAGGCUUCAGUGUGUACUAUAGUAAUAUCUGGCGCGACUUCGGCAUUUUCUGCGGCUUUGUGCUUUUCAACUUUGCUGUGGUCUACUUCGCGACGUAUUUGAGGUUCAAAGGCAAGAACCCAGCCAAAGCGAUCUUGUUGAAGCGGAAGCAGAAGAUGGCCUCAUAA